GCUCCCUGGGGUUAUGAGUCAACUGACCCGGGUAGAGGAAGCCAAUCAGAGUUUACAGCUAGGGUUUGCGAGGAUUACAGCUAGAACAUCGUUGUAAUUUCGUUCAGAGCCUUCAAGGCCUGCCUGUUGCAUGUGGUUACUUUAAAGAUGAUGUAUUUGUUGUAAGUAUUUUUAACAUAGGAGACGACUUUAUCCAUUCUGAGCGUGAAAAAGCGUUCGUUUUGGAGCUUCUGCGGCAAAUUUUGGGAUUUCCUACAAUUUUGGAUUGAACACUGUUUCGACAUUAAAUGCUGAGAUUUUCGUGGCUUCAUUAAGUUUGAGAUACCAGAGUUUUCUUUAGCUUUUGAUCGUUUUGGGCAGGUGUGACAUAGUUAUCCCAGUCUGGACACUUUGUUCUGGUCUGGAAAUUGUGCAUUUUACAAACAAUUUUAACCUAAAUUGAAGUUUAUGUAGUUUGGACUCUGAAGACAAAAUGGUGUCUAGAUCAUAUUCAAACCUUUUAGAUUUGGCUUCUGGGGAUAUGCCCAACUUCGGACGAACUGUGAGGCGGCUACCAAGGGUAAUGACUGUACCGGGAAUAAUAUCAGAAUUUGAUGAUGAUAAUGCAAAUAGUGUGGCCUCAGAUGCUCCCUCAUCAGUUUGCAUGCAGCGAAUGAUAAUUGUGGCUAACCAACUUCCUCUGCGAGCUUGCAGGAAACCUGAUGGUACAAGCUGGUUUUUCAGUUGGGAUGAAGAUUCUCUGCUAUUGCAACUCAAGGAUGGGCUGUCUGAUGAUAUUGAGGUUGUCUAUGUGGGUUGUUUAAAGGUCGAGGUAGAUCUGUCUGAUCAAGAUGAUGUAGCACAGAUUUUGCUUGAAAAUUUCAAAUGUGUUCCAACCUUUUUGCCCUCUGACCUUCAAAGUAAGUUUUACCAUGGGUUUUGCAAGCAGCAGCUAUGGCCUCUGUUCCAUUACAUGCUGCCACUUUCUCCAGAUCAUGGAGGACGUUUUGAUCGAUCUCUUUGGCAAGCGUAUGUUUCUGCUAAUAAGAUCUUUGCAGACAAGGUGAUGGAAGUGAUUAAUCCUGAAGAUGACUUUGUUUGGGUUAAUGAUUACCAUCUUAUGGUGCUGCCCACUUUCCUGAGGAAGCGAUUUAACCGAGUGAAACUAGGGUUCUUUCUGCACAGUCCAUUCCCAUCAUCUGAAAUUUACCGGACACUUCCCGUUAGAGAUGAAAUUCUGAGGGCUCUUCUCAAUGCAGAUUUAAUUGGUUUCCAUACCUUUGAUUAUGCCCGACAUUUUCUUUCAUGCUGCAGUAGGAUGCUUGGCAUUGAUUACCAGUCCAAGAGAGGCUACAUUGGGCUUGAUUACUAUGGCCGCACUGUUGGCAUCAAGAUUCUACCAGUUGGUAUUCAUAUGGGUCAGCUUGAAACUGUUUUAAAUUUAUCUGACACUGCUAUGAGAGUGGGGCAGCUGAGAGAGGAGUUCAAGGGAAAGAAAAUACUAUUAGGUGUUGAUGACAUGGAUAUAUUCAAAGGAAUUAGUUUGAAGCUAUUGGCAAUGGAACAACUACUCAGGCAACAUUCUGAGUGGAGGGGAAAGUUAGUUUUAGUGCAGAUUGCAAAUCCUGCAAGGGGCAGAGGCAAGGAUGUCCAGGAAAUACAGAAUGAGACUCACUUAACAACCAAGAGAAUCAAUGAGACCUUUGGGUUUCCAGGCUACAAACCUGUCAUACUCCUAGACAAAGCUGUUCCAUUGUAUGAAAGAUAUGCUUUCUAUGUGAUCGCUGAAUGUUGUGUUGUCAAUGCUGUAAGAGAUGGAAUGAAUCUCACUCCAUAUGAAUAUGUUUCCUGCAGGCAGGGUUGCCCCAAAUUAGAUGAAGCCUUAGGGCUAAGUUCUGAUACUCCAAAGAAGAGCAUGCUAGUUGUGUCAGAGUUUAUAGGGUGCUCCCCUUCUCUCAGCGGUGCUAUCAGAGUCAAUCCAUGGAAUAUAGAAGCAGUUGCUGAUGCCAUCAAUGCAGCUCUCACCAUGCCUGUAGCUGAGCAGCAGUUGCGCCAUGAAAAGCAUUACAGGUAUGUGAGUACACAUGAUGUGAAUUAUUGGGCUCGUAGUUUUGAGCAAGAUCUGGCAAGGGCAUGUGGGGAUCACUAUAAGAGAAGGUGCUGGGGUAUUGGUUUUGGAUUGGGGUUCAGGGUUGUGUCUCUUGGUCCAAACUUCAGAAAGCUUUCUAUUGAGCAUAUAGUCUCUGCAUACAAGAUGGGUAACAGUAGGGCAAUUUUGUUGGAUUAUGAUGGUACUAUGAUGCCUCAGACUUCUAUCAAUAAAACCCCCAGUGCAGAUGUGAUAUCUGUUAUAAACAGCUUGUGUAAUGAUUCUAAGAAUAUUGUCUUUAUUGUUAGUGGAAGAGGUCGGCAACCUUUGAGUGAAUGGUUUUCUCCAUGUCAGAAGUUAGGGAUUGCAGCGGAACAUGGCUACUUCACGAGGUGGAGUAAGGAUUCAGAAUGGGAAAAUACUUUACCAACUGCAGACUUUGAUUGGAUGAAAAUUGCAAAGCCCGUCAUGAAACUGUAUACAGAGACUACUGAUGGCUCUUCAAUAGAGGAGAAAGACAGUGCAUUGGUUUGGCAUCACCAGGAUGCAGAUCCAGAUUUUGGAUCUUGUCAGUCCAAGGAACUUUUAGACCAUCUUGAGAGUGUGCUUGCAAACGAGCCUGUUGAAGUUAAAAGUGGCCAGCAUAUUGUUGAAGUUAAACCCCAGGGCAUCAGCAAGGGUCUGGUGGCAGAACGACUUCUGUCAAAGAUGGUUGAAAGAGGAAAGCCACCAGAUUUUGUAAUGUGCAUUGGGGAUGACAGAUCUGAUGAAGAUAUGUUUGAGAGUAUUGCAAGUGCCAUGGCAAAACAAUCUAUGUCUUCUAAAGCUGAAGUAUUUGCAUGUACUGUUGGACAAAAACCAAGCAAAGCAAAAUAUUAUUUAGAUGAUACUGUGGAGGUCAUGAAAAUGCUCAAGGGUUUGGCAAUGGCUUCAGAUCAAGCAGCCAAAAAUUUAUCGAAUCAUGUUGCUUUUGAGAGCUCAAUUUGACAGUAUAUAUCAAAUAAUGAGUUUUUUGCCCAAAUUUAUCAUUUCCAGUGGGGUUUUAAACGACGAGCAUGAAGAAUAUAUUACUUUGUACAGACAGGAAGUUUUGUGGGAAGCAUGGUGGAAUGUACUGCCAUACUGGGAGAUAUAACAUUUUGUAUAUGCUAAUCGAUAUGGAUGGUUAUUAUUGCAAUAUAGGACUAGAAGGAAUUGUUGAGGUAGUUUGAUUCAGAAUGUGUGGAAGCAAGUAGUGGAUGGGAUUUAUUUUUCCACGCUGAUGUUCACCUUCUCAUGUAAGGAACAAUGAUAGCUCCAGCAAUUAAGAACACCUGUUUUCUUGAAUAUGCAUCAUCAUCCAACUAUUUGAAUGUUGAUGAAGGCGGGGAAGAAAUCCGCACUACUGGUAACCAGGCACAAAUUAUUCCAACAAAAUUAUGGUUAGCACAUCACUUGGAAGCCGGUUAUGGUCAGUUGCCUUUCAGUGGUGUAUUGUACAUCUAGCAAAAGACAGGUAGUGGAGUUUUGUUCUGGCGAAUUUGUAGAUAGAAAGAGCCACUUUGAGGAUGUGAAUUAUACACAAUCAUUUAUUUUCAUUGCUAUGUUGGAGAUAUGCUAGAUAUCUUGGGUGCAAUUUUUUUGUACAGAUCAAUUGUUUCGGUUACUUAAGCCCAAUUUGCAAAGUCGCUCUUUUGCCUUUGAUACAUCACAGUUCAAAAAUAUAGAUGAGAUGUUUACUGCAAAUCAAACAUAGUUGGGAAAGACGCAUUUUGUACCACACGAGAUUUUAAGUUUGACAUUAUGCUAUAGCAAGCAUAUAUGGGGGUCGAUAGCAUUGUCUUCACUUUCAAACGUGACAUGCAAACUAUGAUAAUGAUAAUUGACCUCAUCUGGCCUGAUUUAUUUAAUUAAACACUUGCUGGUAUUGUUGUUAGUCAUUUAA